AUGGGACCUAAUUCAUAUUAUCCUUGGAGAUUGUUCCAGAAGACAGUAGGUCAAGAUGUUUUGGACUAUCCGGAUCUGUUACCCAUUGAGGAAUCUGUUGCUGCAGAAUAUGAUGCCAACAGAAUUAUUGUUCCAGAAGACAGUAGGUCAAGAUGUUUUGGACUAUCCGGAUCUGUACCCAUUGAGGAAUCUGUUGCUGCAGAAUAUGAUGCCAACAGAAUUAUACGAGAAGUUGACGAACUUCUUCAACAGGGUAAGUUUCAAGAUAGUCUGGUUGUUGACGACCUUGGGUGGAUUGGACAAGCGCUAUCUACAACAACUUUAGUCGGCGAUGUUGCAAAGAUUUGCAUGGAAGAAAUUUGGGCAAACUUGAUGGAUGAUGGUGUUUCAAAGAUUGGAGUUUGGGGAAUGGGAGGUGUGGGUAAAACCACUAUCAUGAAGCUCGUAAACAACCAACUUUUAAAGGAGACUGAAAAGUUCAACAUCGUGAUAUGGAUCACUGUAUCAAAGGAGAUGAACAUCUUUAAAAUACAAAACAGCAUUGCAAAAGCAAUGCAAGUACCCCUUUCUGAAGUUGAAGAUGAAGCAAGAAGAGCAGGGCUCAUAUUCGACAAGUUGUCUCAAAAAAGCAACUAUGUGUUAAUCUUGGAUGACCUAUGGGACAAACUUUCUCUUGAAGAAGUAGGCAUCCCCGAGCCUUCUAAUGGGAGUAAACUAGUAGUAACAACCCGGUCAUUAGAUGUGUGCCGCUAUUUGGGUUGUCAAGAAGUUAGAAUGCGUACUCUUCGAAAACCAGAUGCAUGGAGCCUAUUCUCGCAAAAAGUAGGUCAAGAUGUUUUGAAUGACCCACAUCUCUUGCCCAUUGUGGAAUCCGUUGCUGAAGAAUGCGCUGGUUUGCCCUUGGCUAUUGUUACAAUAGCAAGCAGCAUGAAGGGUGUACGGGACAUUCAUGAGUGGAGGAUUGCACUCAAUGAAUUAAAUAGACAUGUAGAAAGUGUGAGUGGGGUGGAAGGGAAGGUGUUUCAACAGCUUCAGUUCAGCUAUGAUCGUUUACACGAUCAAAAAUUGAAGCAUUGUUUCCUCUGUUGUGCAUUAUAUCCUGAGGAUCAUGAAAUCGGUGCAUUUGAGCUAAUAGAUCUAUGGGUUGCAGAGGGGCUUGUGGAAGAAAUGGAUAGCAGGCAAUUGGAGGUUGACAAGGGGCAUGCCAUAUUGAAUAAACUAAAAAACAGUUGCUUGAUUGAAAACGGUACCGAAUAUCCAGAUACUGUGAAAAUGCAUGACAUUUUGAGGGAUAUGGCAUUACGUAUCACAAGUACAAGACCACGGUUCUUGGUGAGAGCUGGAUUGCGGUUGAAAGAGAUACCAAAGGUGCAAGAAUGGAAAGAAGAUUUGGAGAAGGUAUCUUUGAUGCUGAAUUAUGAAUUACAAAUUCCAUGCCAAAUUUCACCACCAAGGUGUCCAAAGCUCACAACCUUACUGUUGUCCUAUUGCGGUAUAAAGAGUAUUCCAGAGUGUUUCUUUGAGCAAAUGCAUGGACUCAAGAUUCUUGGUCUUUCUGGGAGUCUUAUUAAAAGUCUGCCAAAUUCCAUCUCUAAUUUGGAAAAUCUCACUACAUUGUUGCUUGAUGAGUGUGAAGACUUAAAGAAGGUGCCGUCUUUUUCAAAACUUCAAUCUUUAAAGAUGUUGGACCUUAGAAAUACAAAAAUCAAGGAUCUCCCUCAUGGGUUGGAAAGGCUGGUAAAUCUCAAAUAUCUUGAUUUGAGACGUACGAAUAUAACAGAGGUGGCCGAUGGAAUAUUGGCAAAUUUGACAUCACUUCAGCACUUGGCAAUACUGAAUUUUAACUUAGCAGCUGACAGAUUCAGGCGACGAGAAGUAGUUUACAGAUUCGUGAGAGGAGAGGAAAUAGGUCGAUUAAGGAAGUUGGAAUACUUUGAAGGGGGAUUUUAUGACUUGAAUGAGUGGAACAAUUAUAUCAAAGCUUUGCAUGCUCCAACAGAAGGGCCUCGUCAAUACUACAUUGUUACCGGUGAAGCACCAUUUUUUCUCUUGCCAUCGGAGUCGAAAAAAGUAAUUCAAUUAAAAAGUGGUAACAUCUGCACAGAUGGUAUUAAGGUCCUACCUGAUGUUGAGGGCUUGGUAAUUGCGAAGUGCAUUGUCGAUUUGUGUGAAGAAGAGGCAUUUUCCUCGCGGUUUAUCUUACCGCCACAUAAUGUUUUUUCCUCUCUUUCUGAUCUUUACAUAAGUGAUUGUAACAAUAUAAAGAAGUUGUUCUCGUCCAAUUGGGUCUUGCAGAACCUCCAAAAUUUGAAUUACUUAUGGGUUUCAGAUUGCAGGGAUAUGGAAGAAAUAAUAGCACCAGAAUCAGAAUCGGAGGAAGAAGUAAUAAGUGCCAUCAAUUUUACUCUUCCCAAAUUAAAGAAAUUGCGCUUGGGAUGGCUACCAAAAUUGAAGAGCAUUUGUAGUGCAACUGGAGUAAUGGUUUGUGAUUCUAUUGAGGAGAUUACUAUAACAGAUUGUCCAAAAUUGAAGAGGCUACCUCUGUAUCUUCCCCUGCAUGACGAUGGCCAACCAUCUCCCCCUCCUUCUCUUAAAAAGAUUUCAAUUUUUCCAUUGCUGGGGCAAUUGGUUGAGUGGGACCAGCCAAAUGCCAAGUCUUUGUUGAAGCCUUACUUUAAGUGGUGAUAGUUACAUGUUCGUUGAAAUGUCUGACCAUUACAGCGUUCACUGUUACUUACUCUUUUUCUGUUGAGACAGGAGGAAAUUACUCCUGACCACAAUGGUAGCUUAUUUCUAACACUUUCUUUCCUUCUUUCUUCUUAAUCUCUCUCCAUUUUAACUUUCUUAUAUGUUAAUAUCAUGCUUGGCCUUUUCAGUUUUCCUGGAGAUCUUAGCACGUCAAGGAUUAUUUGGAGGCAGCCGGCAGCAUCUCACACUUUGAUAUUCGGAACUCCCUUGAUGCAUGUUCGUUUCAAGUCUCUAUUUCUAUCCUUCUUGUUGACGUUUUGGAGGUUUCUGAGAAUUUAGGACAUGCUUACGGCUCCAACCUUUUCGUUAGAAGCGAAACGGAAGCAAGCUGUUGGAUUAAAUGCUGUACAAGUUUACAGUUGCAAGUCCUUCAUUUCAUCAUUUUAUGUUGUACCAGGUGAAAGAUCAUUUGUCACCAUCUUAACGCUGCUGCAAAAUAGAAGGAACUGGUGGCUUCUCACGUUCUCAAUUGUAAACAUUUGCAAUUCUAGACUCCCCUAAAUUACCUGUCAAGCCAUAAUGCCUGAUGAAGACCCUAGUGACCAUUUCUUUGGUUCUUCUGGAAGCAAGACCAAUUCAAGCUCUAGAAUAAAAGGCUUAAGCCUGGUUAUACCAUACCACCUGGAGGAUCACGUUGUUCCAAAAUUUAAAACUGCAGCUAAGAAGACUAAAAAGAAAAUAGCUCACUCUGGGAGUGAAGUAAAGUGGAAUUGUAAAUUUCACUCCACUGCAGAACCCCAGUCUUCUUCUGAAUUUGCUUAUAUCAUCUUCAUCAACUCUAGAGUUGCCUAGGUUUCCUUGUGUAAUAUUUGUUGGCUCUAUACUUUGUCUUGUCUGUUUUGUACUUUGUUUCUUGUCUGUUAACAGAAACAUGUCAAGAAUUUCUCUUUGUAUUAAUCAUUGAAAAUGUGCCAGAUUCUGUUACCCUUAAUUCUGCUCCAAAGUUGUUGAAUGUAUUUCCUUGGCUCAAAAUUUUUUAAGUAAAGAU